AUGAUGAAUGCAGAAAAGCUUCGCGAAAAGAUGGCAGAACAAAAGGAUGCCGACCAAGACCAGACAACUUGGCGCAUCGAGCCUUUCGGAUGGGAUAGAGACGACCGCGCCUACUUUGUUCUUGACGACAACCGCGUUUAUCGUUUGACGGAGGCGCCCCCCGCACCUCCCAAACAAAAAAAGAACACCAAGAAGGCCAGGGCACUGGAAAGGCGCAGAGAGAAGCGGCGCCGCGUCUCUUCUACAACCCUUGGCAACGCAGCUGAGGUCGAUGAAGAUCAUACCGUCCCACGAGAUGAUCAAAAAACACACGCAACGAACGAUGAUAUUGAAGAGGACAUCGAUGAUGGCCUGGGUGGGAUGACAUGGGAGUGCGUCGCGGUGUCUUUGGACGAGCUGCGCUCACUACUGGCCUCGAUCUCCAGCAAGAAGGAUCCUAAUGAGCGGGUUUUGCACGAAAAACUUGUCGAGCACCUCCUCCCUAUUCUUGAGCAGCAAGAGGAAAGAAGGAAGAAGCGAGAGAAGGAGCACGAAAAGGCAUUGCUGAACCUAGCAAAGAUGGCCAAUGCAAAGAGGUCAAGUCGAAUUGCUGGCCGACAGGAGCAGCAAAAGCAGGAGGAGAUGCUACGGGAGGAAGAACAGAAGCGACGCUUUGAGAUAGAGGCGUUACGAAAACAAGAACAAAGACAACGCAAGGCCGAAAAAGAGCGCGAGGCUCGUCUCCUAUCGCGGGAAAACCGCCUUCACGAACGCGAAAAUCGACGAGCGCGGCACAAAUACGAAUUAGCACAGCUUUCCGAGGAUGGCAAGUCUGUCGACAAUGCCGUAGGUCGGAUAUCUGAACGCAGACGGCAGGCGGAAAUUGAGAAAAACAAAGAAGCGCUUAGGGACCUGGGCGAUGAGUUGGAAGAUGAAUGGACGUUUGACUGCAUUUGCGGCCUUCAUGGCAAGAUUGACGACGGCCAGCACAGCGUGUCCUGCGAAAAAUGCAGCAUUUGGCAACACAGCAGGUGCUUGGGUAUUGACGAGAAAGAGGCUGAGAAAGAUGAUUUUCAUUUUGUCUGCGAUCCCUGCAAACGCAGUGCGGCCACUUUGGCGGACGGCCAGCCAUUCGCCCGGCCCGUUAUAAGACUCAAGAUCAACGCACCUGCCCCUGAGAAGCCAACCCAGCCCACCGCUCGAGCUACUGACUACCGGGUGCCUGUUGCGACACAGUCAGUGUUACCAAAUCCGGUGGUGCCGACCCCGGCGUCGACUCUUGGCAGCGAACUGGAUAACGAUGAUACCGACUUUGAUGCCUAUCCUCAAGAAGUUGCGCGUGCUCCUGUUCUUGCCCUCCCAGAGGCGGGCAAUGGCAUCAGCACGGUUCCGGGGAAGCCUACAAUCACAACCGAUGAUAAAUCUGGACCCACUCACGCCCACAGCCGCUACAACCACGUGUAG